AUCCAGCCCUGGGAAUUUGAAGCCUUCUUUGACCCCAGAGAACUCCGGAAAGAGGCCUGUCUGCUCUAUGAAAUCAAGUGGGGCAUGAGCCAUAACAUCUGGCGAUACUCAGGCAAAAACACCACCAAGCAUGUUGAAAUCAAUUUUAUAGAAAAAUUCACUUCAGAAAGACACUUGCGCCCGUCCAUCAGCUGUUCCAUCGUCUGGUUCUUGUCCUGGAGUCCCUGUUGGGAAUGCUCCAAGGCUAUUAGGGAAUUUUUGAGUCAACACCCUAAUGUGACGCUAGUUAUUUAUGUAGCACGGCUUUUUCAGCACAUGGACCGACUAAACCGUCAAGGACUCAGGGACCUCAUCAACAGUGGUGUGACUAUCCAGAUUAUGAGAACCUCAGAAUAUGAUCACUGCUGGAGAAAUUUUGUCAACUACCCACCUGGGAAAGAAGCUCACUGGCCAAGAUACCCACUUCUGUGGAUGAAGCUGUAUGCAUUGGAACUCCACUGCAUAAUUCUAAGUCUCCCUCCCUGUUUAAUGAUUUCAAGAAGAUGUCAGAAUCAGCUUACGUUUUUCAGACUCACUCUUCAAAAUUGCCAUUACCAAAUGAUUCCGCCCCAUAUCCUUUUAGCUACAGGGUUGGUGCAACUUCCUGUGACUUGGAGAUGAAUAGAAUGAUCCCUUGUAUGCACUGUUUCAAGAAGAAGCAAUGAUAACCCACUAAGGAGUGAGCGCCACUAGAAUCUAAACAUUUUCAGUUUGCGUUUCCAUAUACUAACUGCAAAGUACCUGAAAAAGAAAUAAAGAAAACAAUCUCAUUUA